CGUGUGUGAUUGUUGGUGCUGAACAUGGCGAAGUAAGAGGAAGCAGCAGCGAGCAAACACAGACCGUGUUUACAGGGAUCAUGGGUAAUGCCAGCAGUGAGAGGAGUGCACAUGGCGAGAAAGCGCAGAGGAGCCGAGGUGCUAAAGACGGAGCCAAAAUCCUGAUGACUGAAGAUGUCGAUCUGUUCCAGGACGAUGCAAAGGAGUUUUUGGCGUGGCAGAAAGACAUACAGAGCGAAUCUCGAUCUUCUGCAGUGGACCAUCCCACCGUUUUCUCCUGGUCUGGUCCGGCAAAAGACGUCUUUCUCUCCGGGUCCUUUAACAACUGGUCCAGCAAGAUCCCUCUGACCAAGAGUCAUAGCGAUUUCACAGCUAUAGUGGAUCUUCCUGAAGGAGAACAUCAGUACAAGUUCUACGUAGAUGGACACUGGAUGCUGGAUCAUAAAAAGCCCGUCGUCACCACUAAAUCCGGCAUUGUGAACAACGUUGUUAUGAUUCACAAGAAGGAUUACAAGGUUUUCGAUGCCCUGGAGAGCGACUCUGAGGGAUGUGCUGACGUUUCAGAUUUCUCCAGCUCUCCUCCGGGACCGUACCAUCAGGAACCGUACUUAGUUAAAUCAGAGGACCGACUGCGCUCCCCUCCCAUCCUGCCUCCGCAUCUACUGCAGGUCCUUCUCAAUAAAGAUACGGGCGUGUCGUGUGAUCCGGCGCUUCUUCCUGAACCCAACCACGUCAUGCUCAAUCAUCUCUACGCUCUGUCCAUCAAGGAUGGAGUGGUGGUGCUCAGCGCUACUCAUCGCUAUAAGAAGAAAUACGUCACUACGCUGCUCUACAAACCUAUAUAAUCAUUCACAAUAUGGUCAAAAGUAUGUGGACACCCAGUUGCUCUACACAGAGCCCUGAUGGACACUCAACCCGACUCAACACUGUUGGGAUGAAUUAAACCUUGCCUGUGACCCAGGCCUUUUCAUCUGCUGACUAAAUGGGCACAAAUUCCCACAAACACAUUCCAAAGUCUUGAAGAAAGGCUUACCAGGGAGCAAUUCAUUGUAAAUGUGGUCAAUGCUUUUGGUUUUGGAAUUAGAUGUCCAACAAGCUCAUGGUCAGGUGUCCCAAUACUUUUGACCACACAGUGUACAUCACUCUCAUAUCCACACCUGAUUUUGAGAGUGCUACGUGGUCGUUUUUACUAAAUACAGGACAUACAUACAAACCCCAUUUCCAGAAAAGUUGGGACGAUUUGUUAUUUCUCUUGAAUCUUUAUUGUUGUCACUGAUCGACUUUAUUGUGGUUUGUAAAUAUAAACACAUUUAGAAUCUGA